AUGUAUACCAGACAAAUUAGAAAUACUGAAUCUGUUCGCUCUAUUUUAAAUAAUUUAUUAAAUCAAAUAAAUUAUGAAAAUGUUUAUCAGCUUCCUUAUAAUAAUAAUGCGCAAAUACUUGCGGUUCUAUCAAGAAGAAGAGCUAGCAGAAGAAUUCAAAGUUUAACGGGAAGAAUUUUAAUGAGAAAGAAUGUAGAACGUGAAGCUCUUCGUUUGCAAAUUCAUAAUCGGUAUAUAAUCAAUUUGGCAACGGAUUAUAUUUGGAAUUCACAUUCAACACCUUCCCAAAGAUAUCAAUUUACAAAUCUCGCUAAUAACGCAAAUAAUAUUAACCAAAAUCGUGCAUCAAGAGUUCGCUGGAUAGAUAAUACAAGUACUCUUGUUAAUAUUAUUCAAAUUAACAAUACUCAAAUAACUAACAAUUCUUUUGAAAAUGAUUUUUUUAAUGGAACGAGAUUUGAUGAUAACAACACUUUUGAAUCUUUAAUUUUACCUGCCGGAUUUUAG